CACUCGGGACUGGGAGGAGUGUGUAUGUGUGUGUGUAGCUGGAUGGAGCUGGAGUGGGCUGGGAUCUGCCCGUCAGCCAUGUUGGAAUGAGAGGGAAUGAAAAGCUGGAAUGAGAGAGAAUCGACUGGAGAAGACGGGAAAAGCGGCUUCUGGAAUAUCACCGCAGACGAUCCUUACGCGCGGUCACAUCACACAAUAAACGAACAUUUCCAGAAUUUCAUUUUACACGGAAUAUGACAGACACCUAGCGCACAGUAAAGGCAUGGCGACAGCAUACCUGGAGCCCAACCACACCCUGGGUGCCGGGGCCAAGGCCCGUCUCAGCACCGGGACGGAGCGGGCCCCCGGGGCCCCGGACAGGGUCCUGAAGGUCUUCCAUCACUUUGAGAACAACAGUGAACACAGCACCUGGUCCAGCAACAUCCGGCAUGGAGACGGCACCGACGUCAGGGGAAUCAUCCAGAAGAUCGUGGACAUUCAUAAGGUCAAACACGUGGCUUGUUUCGGGCUGCGUCUCACUCACGUGCCGUCGGGCGACAUCCACUGGCUCCACCCAGAUAUGGGCGUGUCCCACGUGAGGGAGAGAUACGAGCAGAACCGCCCACAGGACGAAUGGAGGUAUGAGCUGAGGAUCCGUUACCUGCCCAAAGGUUUCCUCAAUCAGUUUGCUGAAGACAAACCCACUCUCAGCUAUUUUUAUCAGCAGGUGAAGAAUGGCUACAUGCUGGAGACUGCGGAUCGGGUGGAUCAGGAGAUCGCGCUGAAGCUGGGGUGUCUCGAGAUCAGGAGAUUCUACAGAGAGAUGAGAGGAAACGCUCUGGAUAAAAAAUCCAACUAUGAACUCUUAGAAAAGGACGUUGGACUUAGACGGUUCUUCCCCAAAAGUUUGUUGGAAUCGGUUAAGGCCAAAACGCUGAGGAAACAGAUCCAACAGACGUUUAAACAGUUCGCCAACCUGAACGACGAGCAGAGCAUAAUGAAGUUCUUUGAGAUCCUGGCACCCGUCUACAGAUUCGACAAAGAGUGCUUUCGAUGUGCUCUGGGGUCGAGUUGGGUCAUACAAGUGGAUCUCGCUAUCGGUCCAGAGGAGGGAAUCAGUUACCUGACCGACAAGGGAUCCACGCCGACACAUCUGGCCAACUUCACCCAGGUGCAGAGCAUCCAUUACUCCUGCGUGGAGGAGAAGGAGAGGAAGGGCGUCUUACAGCUGGACGUGGCAGGAGCCCCAGAGCCUCUCACAAUCAGCACGCCGUCCUUCGCCAUCGCUGAGAACAUGGCCGACCUCAUCGAUGGAUACUGUCGCCUGCUCAACGCCGUCAGUCAGUCCUUCAUCGUCAGGCCUCAGAAAGAGGGGGAAAGAGCUCUUCCAUCCAUUCCAAAACUUGCCAACAAUGAGAAACGUCUGGAGGGGAUCCGGGCAGGAGUUCGUGCCAUCUCAGUUUCAGAAGACCUAAGUGGAGAUGAAACAGACGACUACGCAGAGAUUAUAGAUGAGGAGGACACCUACACCAUGCCCUCAACCCAAUGCUAUGGAUUAGACGCAGCUCAGGACUAUGAGAUCCAGCGGGACAGAAUCGAGUUGGGACGGUGUAUCGGCGAGGGCCAGUUUGGUGAUGUCCACCAAGGGGUUUACAUCAGUCCGGAGAAUCCAUCAUUAUCAGUGGCCAUCAAGACGUGUAAGAACUGCACUUCAGACAGCGUGCGUGAGAAGUUUCUGCAGGAAGCUCUGACAAUGCGGCAGUUUGACCAUCCACACAUUGUGAAGUUGAUUGGAAUAAUCACUGAAAAUCCCGUCUGGAUCAUCAUGGAGCUGUGCACGCUUGGAGAGUUGAGGUCAUUCUUGCAAAUAAGGAAGUACAACCUCGAUCUGUCGGCGCUGAUUCUGUUCGCCUACCAGCUGAGCACAGCGCUGGCGUACCUGGAGAGCAAACGCUUUGUGCACAGGGACAUCGCUGCCAGGAACGUGUUGGUGUCUUCCAUGGAUUGUGUGAAACUUGGUGAUUUCGGUCUCUCCAGAUACAUGGAGGACAGUUCCUAUUAUAAAGCUUCUAAAGGGAAACUGCCGAUCAAAUGGAUGGCUCCUGAAUCCAUAAACUUCCGUCGGUUUACCUCAGCCAGCGACGUCUGGAUGUUUGGUGUGUGUAUGUGGGAGAUCCUCAUGUUCGGCAUCAAGCCCUUCCAGGGUGUGAAGAAUAAUGACGUGAUCGGGCGGAUAGAGAACGGCGAGAGGCUAGCGAUGCCCCUGAACUGCCCUCCGACCCUCUACAGCCUGAUGACCAAAUGCUGGGCGUACGACCCCAGCAAACGCCCGCGCUUCACCGAGCUCAAGACACAGCUCAGCACUAUCCUGGACGAGGAGAAGGCCCAGCAGGAGGAGCGUUUCCGUAUGGAGAUGAGGAGACAGGUCACCGUGUCCUGGGACGCUGGGAACUCAGACGAAGCGCCUCCGAAGGUCAGAUCUCCAUCCACAUCAGAUGUGAAGGAUAGCAAACAGCUGUUUUGUGUAUCAGACCACGUGUUUGGAAAGACCUCUGGCCCUGCUCAGGUCUGGAUGGAGUGUAUGUGUACGUGUUUAGUCUGUUUCAAUCAGUGUUUUGGGUUUUUUCCACAGCCCAGUAGACCGGGUUACCCGAGUCCUCGAUCCAGUGAUGGCUAUUUCCCAAGUCCACAACACUCCGGUCAGCACAAUCAUUAUCAGGGGUCUGGAUAUCCUGGUGCACACCUGCCCGGUGCGGGAUUCCCGCCGCAAGCCUCCGUCCUCGACCCGCAUGAAACAUGGAACCAUCACAGACAGGAAGUGCCAGUGUGGUCUCCAAACAUGGAGGAUGGGGGCGCUCUGGGGCGGAGUCACCUGAUGGAGGAGACACUCAUCAAGCAGCAGCAGCAGAUGGAGGAGGACCAGAGAUGGCUGCAGCAGGAGGAGAGCUUCCUGAAGCCGGAGUCGAGGAAUUCGAGGGGCAGCAUCGACCGCGAGGACAGCGCUCUCCAGGCCUCGAUGGGGAAGCAGCACAUUUAUCAGCCCGUGGGUAAAGCAGAACAUGUGGCUCCUCCGAAGAAGCCGCCCCGUCCCGGCGCUCCGAGUCACCUGACCAACCUGAACCCCGCGGACAGCUACAACGAGGGGGUCAAGAUCCAGCCUCAGGAGAUCAGUCCUCCUCCCACAGCAAACCUGGACCGCUCCAGUGAUAAGGUGUAUGAGAACGUGACGGGGCUGGUGAAGGCCGUGAUCGAGAUGUCCAGCCGCAUCCAGCCCGCGCCGCCCGAGGAGUACGUCCCCAUGGUGAAGGAUGUUGGACUGGCGCUCAGGACUUUACUAGCGACGGUGGACGAGACCAUCCCGGUGUUACCGGCCAGCACUCACAGAGAGAUCGAGAUGGCUCAGAAGCUGCUGAACUCAGACCUGGCGGAGCUCAUCAGUAAGAUGCGUCUGGCGCAGCAGUACGUCUUGACCAGCCUGCAGCAGGAUUACAAGAAGCAGAUGCUGACCGCGGCUCACGCGCUCGCCGUCGACGCCAAGAACCUGCUGGACGUCAUCGACCAGGCUCGGCUGAAGAUGCGCUGACUCUCCUGAUGCUGGAUCAUCACGAGGACAGCUCAACAAAACAGCAACGUGCAUAAACCUUUUAUAAUCGAGAUUCUUGGGGAUUCGGUGGACCGGAGAGGAUAUCGCAGACGUAUUGUUUUAUAACCGUUAGCAGCAUCGUGUUUUCUUUUGUAACCAGAAAUGAACUUUCUCAGCGCUGGAGAAUCUGCAACUGGAACCCAAUGAUCUCCAAUAAUGGUUUUCCAGUGAUCCAAAGACUUAUCAGCGAUUUUUAUAUUGUCGAUAUGUUGAUCUCAGACUUCGGUGAUCAAGGUGCUUUAACAACAUCCUCUGAGACACUUGAGACACGAGCAUGCGCUCUCAUGUACAGACUCACAAAGCCAAACCACAGUCAUAUUUAACAGAUUUUAAACAGAUUGUAUGAGACUGAGAGGGAAAUCCAGCUCCUGAUGUGAGAAAAAUAUUACGCCGAAUCCAAUAUAGCUACAUAUCAGUCACUUGAAGCACACAUUGUUAAAUUGUUAUAAUCAAAGCUGCCUUCUGAAUUCAUUUUAAAAAGAGUUAAUUUCUGUAAAAUCAUGUUGUUGUUGUUUUUUACCACACUAGGGUUGAAGUAACCCGUUUUGAGUUUGGACUAGAAUUACUUUUUGUGUACAGAACAAUCGUGAAAUCCAUUUUGUCAUUAAUAUAAAUUAUUCUCAGGAAGAAGAAGCAUCUGUACAGAUCUUUUAACUAAUAAAAUGUUAUUAU